AUGAAGAACCUUCGCUUCCUCGACAGCUGCGAACCCGCGGGUGCGCGGAUUUCGAACUUGAGCAGCGGCACGUCGUCCACGUGGGCCUAUACGUUAUCUCAGGAGAAGGAGAACGUGGACGACGUGGAGGUGGUGGAUGUGGAGGGCACACCCUCACCCACCACCAGUGAGGAGCGUAGGGGGGAGACGAUGAGCGAGUUUCGCUCUCCAUCGUGCACACCAUCUCGGAAGCUGCUGCGGACCCCGUCUAUGAAGAAGAAGAGGAUGCCAUUGAAGGAAGAUCGCAACUUCCUUCAAGAGGCUGCCGAGGCCGUCAAAACCCGACUGUCCGUGAAGGAAGCCCAGCCGCUGUGCAAAUUCGGACAGUUCGGGCUGUUCGUUGCUACUUACCUGAAGGAUCUACGAGAGGACAUUGCUGUAAACAAAAUGAAUCUUAUAACAAGUGUCAUGCUGCGGCAGGUACCAAUGGUCGACCAGAUGGAGGAUGGAUCAUAUGUAUUAGCAUAG